CUCAGUCACCGGUAAACUUUGUGUGCAGCUGCGCAGCUCAAUUUUCAUUUUCAGUUUGGGUUUUAUAAAAAUGACACAUGCUUUAUCUUGUGAGGUUAUUGAAAAUUGCAGUAAUAUUUUCCAACGAUAAGUUAUGUGUUCUAUGAUUUUAUGUGAUAAUGUCUUUUAUAUCAAAUGAUACAGUUGUUUGAAUCAGUGAUCCAAAGUUUAAUAAUUAGAAAUCUUAGUCAAUUGUGUGGACUGUUAGCAUUUCGCGCCAAAUAGAUCAGCUUCAAUAAUAUUGGCUAAUAAUUUUAUUUAUUGUUAUAAAACAUUUUCCGUUGUAAACCAAAAUGGAAUUGAGUAGUAAAGAAAUGCACAUCUGGAGAAUAGCCGGAGCUAUCGGCUGGAGUAUUGUGUUUCAAUUUAUGUUCCUGUAUUGCUACAUUUUCAUUGCAAAUUUGAACUUUUGGCAUCCAUUUAAUGCAUUCUCAGUUUCAUUUAGUUCUAUUUUUUCUCUCACAACUCUAUUGAACAUUUUUCCACUUGCCCUGGUGAUAUUCUGUCAAGGAUUUUUGUGUAGCAGAGACUAUAUCAUUCAACGCAACAACCAGGUAUCAAAUACUAGAUUCUCACUGUUACUGAACUUUUUCACAAUCUAUAAUUUUACAACUUUAGUGCUCUUUUCGUUUGUUGGUAUUACUCUUGCACAUGUCCAUACUUCAGUGCUGAAUGAACGUUUAAAUUCAUUUUCGACGCUGUGCCCAAACCAGAUUGAGAGAUGCCUCAAUGAAGAAAGAUUUUUUCUUGUAUGUGAUGGACUAUGCAUGGGAAUUUUCUUCUUCAUAAAAAGUAACAUUUUUCGGUCUUCAAAAGCUCUGUUCUUUCCUCCAAUACAACAAGAAAAAUUCAUCAGGAUCCAGUCAUCAUUUUUACCUUGUGUGAGGAACUCUUUUGCAAAAUCAAUUGUUCCAAGUCUGAUUUUUUAUGUAUGCUACUUUUUCAAAGGAAAUUACUUGAGAAGUACAUUUUCAUCGAUUUUUCAAUUACAAUCUAAGAAUGAGGGCUUGGAUAGUGUAUUUACUCUUGCAGAUUUUGAAUUAAUGUUCUACUUGUGGAUGUUGAGCACUACAUUUAUUGUCACUUUGGAAAUGAUGGAGAUUUUAUUCAAUAUCUAUUUGACUGAAAGAGCAAUAUUCCCAGUGUCAACAUUAUUGGCUCUUCCAGCUGAUCACGUGCCCUUACAGAACGCACUAAUGUGUGAUAAUGUUCCCAUCAUUCAACAUCUGGGCUUUUACGAUUUGUCCUUCUUGGCUGAAUUUGACGACGAACGUAGAGCGCAACUAUUUACUUUGAGCCAACCUGGAGGACAUGCUCGAACUUGGAACUGUAUUUCUGGCCAGUGCUUCAAAGUAAUCAAUUCUUUUCUCGAUGAUCUAGAUAAGGCAUUUGAUGAAACUCGUCUAACAUUGAGCGAAGUCAAUUCAAACAAGAAGCAUGACUUAUCUGCUCCUAAUGUUCCUAUUCAGGAGCAUAUUUACUCUCCAAGAAUCAGAUGCCUCUCCCCUGUAGUUGUACAGUCACAUCCAGUUUCUACUUCAACAAUACAAAAGUCAUAUGAGCAAGUAUUGAAGAACUGCAGCACAUGGUUUGACGAGAAAUUGAAUGCUUUCUACAAGAAACCUUUGAUAGUAUAUUUAUUUGGAGACAUGAUUGAACCUAGGGUAAAACAACUUUCAAAUUAUGUUCAAAUCACAGAAUAA